AUGUGGAAGUUAGUUUUCGUUUUCACUUUGGUUCUGGCGCUGGAUCGCAUUCCGGCACUGUGGAUGUACUUGUACCAAGCUCAGAUUUGUUAUGCUCAUCGUUCUCGCUUCGUCCUUGUGGAAUCCACAUCGAUUGUCAAAGAAGAUGCUUUCGAGCGUCUUCGUAAAAACGAUCGAUUGAAUGUAUGCCUCGACAUGAUCAGAUAUACUGAUCUCCUUCGCAUAACAUUUAUGGAAGUUUGUUACAAUCCCGUUCCAUAUCAUCACAUACCGAAUUGUUUUGGUUUUGCAUUUCAUCUCUGA